CUGCUGGAGAAGAUCAUGGAAAGAAUGGAAAGAGUUGACGUGAAGAUGCCAACCAUAGAGGUUACAUACAAGGAUCUUACCGUAGAAGCUCGCUGCAAGGUCGUAAAAGAAAAACAGCUCCCAGAUCUUUGGAACACGAUUAAGGAAACUUUCAAGGAAUUUACAGCAGCAACUGGAAGACCAGGAGAGGUAAAUGUAAGCAUACUAAGAGAUGUGAGUGGCAUCAUCAAGCCUUCUAGGAUGACCCUUUUGCUUGGACCUCCAGGAUGUGGAAAAACAACAUUGUUGUCAUCUCUAGCAGGGAAGCUUAAUCAAUCUCUCAAGGUAUUUAGGGAUAUUACCUACAAUGGUUCUAAACUAGAUGGAAUAAAGCUAGCAAAAACCACAGCUUACAUUAGCCAACACGACUUGCAUAUUCCUCAAAUGACAGUUAGGGAAACUCUGGACUUCUCAGCAAGAUAUCAAGGCGUAGGGGACAGAGCAAGUAUCAUGGCAGAAGUGGUAAGAAAAGAGAAGAAGGCAGGCAUUGCUCCAGAUCCAAUGAUAGACACCUACAUGAAGGCAAUUUCUGUCCAGGGACAAACAAACGUACAAACGGACUACAUGUUGAAGAUCCUUGGUCUAGAGUCCUGCUCGGAGACAAUGGUUGGAGAUGCCAUGAAUAGGGGUAUAUCUGGUGGACCAAAAAAAAGAUUAACAAUAGGUGAGAUGAUGAUUGGGCCAGCCAGAGCAUUUUUCAUGGAUGAAAUAUCAAAUGGCCUAGACAGUUCCACAACACUUGAGAUACUUUCAUGCAUCCAACAAUUUGUCCAUAUUACAGCUGCAACUGCAUUAAUUUCUCUUCUUCAACCAGCACCAGAGACUUUCGAACUUUUUGAUGACAUUAUUUUGAUCGCGGAAGGGAAAAUAAUAUAUCAAGGGCCGCGGGAGCUAAUACUUGAUUUCUUCGAGGAUUGUGGCUUCAGAUGUCCACAAAAAAAAGGAAUUGCUGAGUUCCUUCAUGAGGUCAUUUCAGAAAAGGAUCAAGAACAAUAUUGGCACCAAAAAGAAAUGGCUUACAGCUUCAUCACUGCAGAUGAGUUCUCAAUGAAAUUCAAGUCCAGCAAUAUUGGAAUGGAGUUACAAGAACAACUCGCAAAAAAACAUCAAAAUCAUGAUUCUGAUACAAAAUUUGCAACGUUUAGCACGAGGUCUACUAAAAAAUGGGAAUUGCUUGGAACUUGUAUGGCUCGAGAACUUCUUAUAAUGAAGAGAAAUUCAUUUGUUCACAUGUUUAAAACAGCUCAGCUUAUAAUUCUUGCUUUUAUAACUAUCACCGUCUUUCUACGCACGCAAAUGACUGUAGAUUUAGUACAUGCGAGCUACUAUGUUGGUUCACUGCGCUACACCAUCAUCAGGAUUAUGACUAAUGGAAUUGCAGAAUUAACAUUGUCUAUUGUCAGUUUACCCAUCUUUUACAAACAAAGAGAUUUGCAUUUCUAUCCUGCAUGGGCAUAUGCAAUGCCAGCAGCUAUCCUAAAGAUACCCUUUUCUCUGGUGGAAUCUUUCAUUUGGACAGGAAUAACUUAUUAUGCUAUUGGAUACACUCCUGAGAUACAAAGGUUUUUCUAUCAUUUCUUUUUACUCUUUGUGCUGCAUCAAGCAUCAACUUCCCUUUUUCGUUCUAUAGCCUCAAUUACUAGAAUUCACCAUAAAGCGAUGUGCUCAGGCUCUCUGGCAAUGGUGACAUCAAUUCUGUUCGGGGGCUACAUUCUUCCACAAUCCUCACUCCCAACGUGGUUGCAGUGGACCUUUUGGCUCUCACCAACAACAUAUGCAGAAAUAGGGCUAUCUAUUAAUGAGUUUAGGGCACCAAGAUGGCAAAAGGUAAGUCAUAAAAAUGAGAUGAUGGGUCAGCAAGUCUUGAAAAGCCAAGGUCUAAACUACAAAGGAUUAUUCUGUUGGCUAUCACUAGGAGCAUUGUGCAUUCUGACAUUAGUUUUUAACUUUUGUUAUACCAUAGCACUGAGUUACUUACAUAGAAGGAUGGUCAUACCAUUUAAUCCAUUAACCAUGACGUUUCAAAAUGUAAAUUACUACAUUGAUGCACCAAAGGAAGUGACAGAACGUGGAUCUUCAGAGAAAAGGCUGCAACUUCUCCAAAAUAUUACAGGUGCAUUAAGGCCUGGCAUCCUUACAGCUCUGAUGGGAGUUAGUGGAGCGGGAAAAACAACAUUAAUGGAUGUUCUUUGUGGAAGAAAAACAAGUGGCAUUAUUGAAGGAGAUAUAAGAAUUGAGGGAUACCCCAAAGUACAAGCAACAUUUGCAAGGGUGUCAGGAUAUUGUGAACAAAAUGACGUACACUCUUCACAAAUUACCAUUGCCGAGUCAGUUAUGUUUUCAGCCUGGUUAAGACUUCCAGAGGAGAUAGAUCGAGAAACUAAAGCAGAUUUUGUUGAGCUUGUCCUCGAAGCAGUUGAGUUGAAGAAAAUUCGGAAUGAAUUAGUUGGAAUUCCCAGCAUAAGUGGUUUAUCCACAGAACAAAGGAAGCGACUAACAAUUGCUGUGGAACUAGUAGCAAAUCCAUCUAUUAUAUUCAUGGAUGAACCAACAUCAGGUCUGGAUGCAAGAGCAGCAGCCAUUGUUAUGCGUGCAGUCAAAAGUAUCGUAGACAUGGGAAGAACAGCAGUUUGUACAAUCCACCAGCCAAGUAUUGGCAUAUUUGAGUCGUUUGAUGAGUUAAUUUUGAUGAAAAAAGGAGGUCGGAUGAUCUAUUCGGGACCAAUAGGUCAAAAUUCACAGAAAAUCAUUGACUAUUUUGAGAGAAUUCCAGGUGUCCCAAAAAUUAGAGAAAACUAUAACCCAGCCACAUGGAUGCUUGAGAUUACUUCAGAAGUUGCUGAAGAAAAGAUUGGCAUAGAUUUUGCUCGUGUUUACACAGAUUCAUCUGCAUAUUGGGAUAACAAAAAACUAGUUGAGCAGCUGAGUAUCCCACCACGAGGUUCAAGUGAUCUUUAUGGCGUUGCAUCACUAUCACAAACCAGAUGGCUACAAUUUAAGUUAUGUCUUUGGAAGCUAUCAUUGUCCUAUUGGAGAAGCUCAACCUAUAACCUGGUGCGCCUCAUAUUUUUGCUACUUAUAUCGGUUCUAUUUGCAGCACUCUUUUGGCAGAAAGGGAAGAAAAUAACAAAUGAGCAGGACUUGUUGAGCAUAAUGGGAUCAAUGCACCUAGCCAUGCUAUUCUUGGGCAUGAAUAAUUGCAACUCAGUUUUACAAAUUAUAGCUAGAGAGCGUGCUGUUUUGUAUAGAGAACUGUCUGCUGGAGCUUACUCUUCUUUCAUGUACUCUCUCGCACAGGUAACAGUGGAAAUUCCUUGUUUAUUCAUCCUUGCAACAAUACACGUAAUUAUUACUUAUCCAGCAGUGGGUUACUACUGGUCUGCUUCAAAGAUGAUGUGGUAUUACUACAUAGUUUUCUGCACGCUUCUUUGCUUUAAUUACCUGGGAAUGUUUAUCAUGUCAAUAAGUUCAAAUAUUCAAGUAGCUUCAAUUGCGGCAGCCGCAAUUUACACAAUUUUCAAUCUAUUCUCCGGAUUCUUGGUACCCAAACCGCUUAUUCCGAUAUGGUGGAAAUGGCUAUAUUAUAUUUGCCCACUACCAUGGUCAUUAAAUGGUUUGCUUACUUCACAAUAUGGAGAUCUCAACAAGGAAAUGAUGGCAUUUGGGAAAACCACAACAGUUGAUGCAUUCGUGGGAAAUUAUUAUGGAUUUCAUCACAACCAACUGAGCAUAGUGGCCUUAACAAUGGCUUAUUAUCCUCUUGUUCUUGCCAGUCUUUUCUCAUUUUGUAUAUGGAAAAUAAAUUUUCAAAGAAGAUAA